AUGCUCCUGGCUGCUCUGUGCUGCCUGCUGUGGAGUUUCCGGACCUCCGCUGGCCAUUUCCCUCGAGCCUGUGCCUCCUCCAAGAGCCUGAUGGAGAAGGAAUGCUGUCCAGCGUGGACGGGUGACAGCAGUCCCUGCGGCCAGCUCUCUGGCAGGGGUGCCUGUCAGGACAUCACGCUGUCCAAAGCUCCACUCGGGCCUCAAUACCCCUUCACAGGGAUGGAUGACCGGGAGGCCUGGCCCUCCGUCUUUUAUAAUCGGACCUGCCAGUGCUUUGGCAACUUCAUGGGAUUCAACUGUGGAAAUUGCAAGUUUGGCUUUUGGGGACCAAACUGCACAGAGAAGCGACUUUUGGUGAGAAGAAACAUCUUUGAUUUGAGCGUCCCAGAGAAGAACAAAUUUCUUGCCUACCUCACUUUAGCGAAGCAUACUAUCAGCCCAGACUAUGUCAUCCCCAUAGGCACCUAUGGCCAAAUGAAUAAUGGAUCUACACCCAUGUUUAAUGACAUCAAUGUUUAUGACCUCUUCGUCUGGAUGCAUUACUAUGUGUCAAGGGACACACUGCUUGGAGGGUCUGAAAUCUGGAAAGACAUUGAUUUUGCUCAUGAAGCCCCAGGUUUCCUGCCUUGGCACAGACUCUUCUUGUUGCUGUGGGAACAAGAAAUCCAGAAGUUGACCGGGGAUGAGAACUUCACUAUUCCAUAUUGGGAUUGGCGAGAUGCUGAAAGCUGUGACAUUUGCACAGAUGAGUACAUGGGAGGGCGCAACCCAGCAAACCCGAACUUACUCAGCCCAGCAUCCUUCUUCUCCUCUUGGCAGAUCAUCUGUACCCGAUUGGAGGAGUACAAUAGCCGUCAGGCUUUAUGUGAUGGAACUCCAGAGGGACCAUUACUGCGCAAUCCCGGAAACCACGACAAAGCCAGGACCCCAAGGCUCCCCUCCUCUGCUGAUGUGGAAUUUUGCCUAAGUCUGACACAAUAUGAAUCGGAUUCCAUGGAUAAAGCUGCCAAUUUCAGCUUUAGGAAUACACUGGAAGGAUUUGCUAGUCCACUUACUGGGAUAGCAGAUGCCUCUCAAAGCAGCAUGCACAAUGCCUUGCACAUCUAUAUGAAUGGAACGAUGUCUCAGGUACAGGGAUCUGCCAAUGAUCCCAUUUUUCUUCUUCACCAUGCAUUUGUUGACAGUAUUUUUGAACAAUGGCUCCGAAGGCACCAUCCUCUUCAAGAAGUUUAUCCAGAAGCCAAUGCACCCAUUGGACACAACCGGGAGUCCUACAUGGUUCCUUUUAUACCUCUAUACAGAAAUGGUGAUUUCUUUAUUUCAUCCAGAGAUCUGGGCUAUGACUAUAGCAACCUACAAGAUUCAGAACGGGACAUUUUUCAAGAUUACAUUAAGCCCUUCUUGGAACAAGCAAGUCGGAUCUGGCCAUGGCUCAUUGGGGCUGCUGUGGUAGGCUCUGUCCUCACGGCUGUGCUGGGAAGGCUCACUAGCCUAUUGUGUCGUCGCAAAAGAAAGCAGCUCCAUGAAGAAAGACAGCCCCUCCUCAUGGAAAAGGAGGAUUACCACAGUUUGUUGUAUCAGACUCAUGUAUAA